UAUCAACACACUAUGUUAUUGUACCAUUUCUUAUUAAACCUUCUAACCAAAACCUUAUGAUAUCUGAAAAUGAUAAUGAAGAUAGCAAUACUAUUGAAGACGCUGGUACUAAGGCUAAUGAUG